UCUUAUGUACACUUGUGAAAUGCUUCCUAGUACACGAUUUGUACAUUUUCUGGAAAAUCUGAUUUAGUUGGAAGCAUCAGUCUGGAAUGGGAUGCUUGGGCUUGAGGAAGACCGCCUCGCUGUGUCCAGCAGUGCCGCAGGACAUUAUGGAUACUCUUAGGAGCGAAACUACAUUGAGUCGUAGUCAGAUAAGGUACCUGUACAAUCGCUUCUGUGCGUUCGCCGGCGGUGGCAAGAAUCCCCCCAACAGGCUGCACAAGUACAAUUUCUACUCGGGACUUUUGCAAUUGAAUCCCCUGCUGCCCACCAUCUUGAACUGCAUGUUCAAGGAUAAGGAGACUAUCACGUUUCUCGACUUUGCCCUAUUCCUUAGCACCUUUCAGGCCCAUUCGUUAAGGACCACCGAUGAGCUUAAGAACGCGAUUAAGGAUAAGAAGCUGAAGAGUAAGAUGCUAUUCAACAUGUACGAUCAUAACAAAGACGGUCGCAUCACCAAAUACGAUUUGGUCAUUGUUGUCCACAAACUGUUCUCGAAUCUGCUGGACCACGUCCAGAUAAUGCGAAUUGUGGACUCGAUGAUGAAGGAAAUGGAUCACUCGGAUUCGAACCACAUACUGUUCGCCGACUUCUGUAAGGCCUUUGAGGUUUUUGACAUGACCGAGAGGAUGGUCACCUGGAUUCCCGGGCUCCACGGAAGAUCCAUUGAUGAUUCGCACCACACAUUUUCCCAAUAGGCACAAAUUAAAAUGCUAAAAACAAAUAUCAUGAUCGAGCUAGAAAACCUUUACACAUAUACUAGUACUUGUCGGGGAUAAUCCUAUGCUCCAU